AUGAUUUCACCGGUGACGUGGUUUGCAAUGAUUCUCGGGUACUGCGCGAUCAAUACGGGACGAACGUACUCAUCAUCGACAUUCAUUUGCACGGACGGCUCCGUAGCAUCAUUAGCGAACAUUUGCGACGGGGUUCCUCAUUGUCCGGAUUCCUCGGACGAAGCUGCAACAUUAUGCCGUCACGUUCUAUGUCCAACGUACAUGUACAGAUGCAGUUAUGGCGCUUGCGUGACUCGUGCGGCACGAUGUAACGGUCUGACGGAUUGCGUGGAUGCUAGCGACGAGUUCGCGUGCGACCGUGAUUUAAACGACAUUUGCUCCGAUCGCGAGUUCCAGUGUUCCACUCCUCAUCGAGAGUGCAUACCUCUUCGUGAGGUGUGCAACGGUCGCGAAGAUUGCUCGGAUGGCAGUGACGAGAACGCGACGACUUGUCGCGAAUACCUGUGUCCUGAAUACACGUUCCGUUGUUCGUACGGAGGUUGUGUGCAUCAGGAAACGAUCUGCGACGGUGUCAAGGACUGCGCCGAUGGCACCGACGAAGACUCGAGUAUGUGCGCGGCAAUUAAUUGCGAAGGUGAAGAAUGCGCGCGAUAUAAAUGCAGAGACGAGGAGUUUACAUGCGAGAGCGGAGGACAGUGCUUACCGAUGGUUAAAGUAUGCGACGGCACACGACAAUGCAGAGACGGAUCCGACGAAAGCGCAGGAAUGUGCAAAGCGCGCGAAUGCCCUGAAAAUUGGUUUCGCUGCGCGUACGGCGGCUGCAUUCGGCCUGAAUUAAAAUGUAACUUCCAGCUGAAUUGUUACGACUGGAGCGACGAGGAGGAAUAUCUGUGCGGGAGGACGCUGCCCGAAGGCGCUUGUCGGUUACCCGCGGCAAAAGCGGCCACGCAUUAUAAUGUAAGUGGAUGCUCCAAGUGUCGGCCGGGUGAAAUUGUUCCCGAAUUCACGCGUCUCGAUUAUACCUGUGACACUGGGGAUUCUCCGCAAGGUCCGAGUGAAGUUUAUUGCCAGAAUAAUCGGUGGUCGCCUGCUGUUCCGAGUUGUAUCGUCGGUAAGGAAGGAAUAACAUGUCCAGUGCUUGUUGAGGCGUACGGUGCGUUUAAACGAUGUGAGGCGAUGUGGGGCCCUCACAAGGGAUGGCUGCCUUGUGACCGAGCCCUUCCAGUUGGCACGCGAGUUCUUCUGGAGUGCCCGGCUUUCUACGAGCGUCGUAAAGGGUCUUCGAGCAUCGUAUGCCUCCACGACGGCACGUGGAGUCAAACGCCCCUGAGUUGCGCUCCUAUCUGUGGCACGCGAGACUCCACAGCCGCAGCACUGAUCGUAAAGGGGUGGCGCGUCGAGAAGGACGAAACACUGCCGUGGCAAGUCACGCUGUUCUCGCACGAGAACGGCGAAUGGAGAUUCUUUUGCGGCGGUACACUGAUAGCGGAGCGCGUCGUGUUGACCGCUGGCCAUUGCCUCUGGAAAACCGCGACGGACACGGUGCGCGUCGCUCUCGGUAUACUCUCGAGCAACUUGACAAAAGCGGGAGAAGACGCGCAAGUGAUCGACGUGGAGAGCAUCACACUGCAGAGCGCGUAUCGGGACUACGAAAGUAACUAUGGCUCGGACAUCGCGUUGCUGAUCUUGAAGAGAGCCGUAACUAUCGACUCGGUCGUCUCACCUGCUUGCCUUCCUCAGCGUCCCGACGCGACGUUGACGGAGGCUCAAGAAAACGGUGGAUUCGGAUUGGUCGCCGGAAUGGGGCUGACAGAGAACGACACGUUUAGUCCGACCAUGAGAAUGACCACGGCGAAGAUCGUCUCCGACGACGAGUGUCGUCAAAAACAAAAGAAGGAUUUUCGCAAGUAUCUAACUUACACGUCUUUCUGUGCCGGAUGGGCGAAUGGUACCGGAGUAUGUAACGGGGACAGCGGUGGAGGGUUGGUGAUCCAACGGCCGAAUUCCAGCGUUUGGGAGGUUCACGGUGUCGUUUCCGUGAGCCCACGUAGACUGGGUACCAGCGUGUGCGAUCCAAACUUUUACACUGUUUUCACGAAGGUUUCAGUGUAUAUCGAUUGGAUCAAUCGGAUUGUAGAGAGUAUACCAGUUAGUGGCCCACCUGAUCUUGAUCGACAACCGAACACGGAUUACAUCAUCGUUAGAUAAAAUUUGAAAAUAUCUUUUAUGAUAACUUGA